AUGCCAUCCUCUCAACCAACAUUAGUGAGUCACCGUCAUAUCAAAUGUACGCCUUCCUUCCUUAUCCGCUUCCUCUUCCCCUUCCUUUCCCCUCCUCUCACCACCCUUCUCCAACCGCCCUCCCUUCCUUCCUCCCUCCCUUCCUCUUCCCCUCCUCUCACCACCCUUCUCCAACCGCCCUCCCUUCCUCCCUCCCUCCCUUCCUCUUCCCCUCCUCUCACCACCCCUCCUCCACUCGCGUCACUUCACGCAAAAACGUUCCCUCCUCCGUCCUCCGUUUCGACCUCCUCUUCCUCCACCUCUGCCUCUGUGCGGCUACUGCUUCGACAUCAUCCUCACCAAGCCGUCCUCAAUAUGCCGCCUCCUGCAUCCGCACCCGGUAAUGUAACAAUGCACUGGCAUCCACACUCACUCCGAUCACACCUCUCAGGCUCGCAUGUUGCCUGGUCCUGGUGA